AUGGCAGCUGUACUGGAGGUGGAGCUCAAGUUUCGCGCAGCGGCUCAGGUGCUGGCACGCGUCAAGGCGUUGGCGUUACACGCGUCGCAGCCGCGGUUGUUCGUGGACCGGUAUUUUGAUGUGCCGGACGAGUACACGUUAUCACGCAGCGACCAUUGGCUCCGCCAGCGCUGGUCACUGGGCGAGUCUGCAUCCUGGGAGCUCAAGUCACCACCCAGUCGUCUGCCUACGCCAACCGAGGGUACAGCCAGCGCUGUCGACUGCUAUGAGGAGCGCACCGGCCUCGCGGCUCUUCAGAAAGCCGCUCGCUUGCUCGGGGUACCCGCCCCCGAGGCACCCACCGCUGCUCCAGCCUCAGUGUGGCCCUAUGGUCUCCUUCUGACCGAGCGCACCCGCUUCACCCUACCGCCGCCCCAGCGCGAGGCCACGGACGGCAACUCCGCCCUUCCCGUCACCGAGUUUGGCGUUGACAUAGAUCGCGUGUGGUUCUGCCAGGACCAGCAAGUUGCUUGGUCGGAUUCGGAUCUGCUUGAACUCACCCAGAGCGCCGCGCCCGACUACGCCGUGGGCGAGGUGGAGAUUAUGCUGCCAGGAGAUGGCGGUGUCGUGUCCGAACAAGCUUUGCUGGCGUCUGCCGAGGCAAAGCAGCUGCUUCGAGCUUUUGUGGCCGAGCAACUCGAAGGCGAUCCUGACGAAGGGGUGCCCGGUAAAGUGCUUGAAUAUCUGCGGCGAUACCAACCCGAUCAUCUGCGCGUGCUCGUGAGCUGUGGUCUCAUUGGGCAAAAGCUCGGCGCAGACCCUACCUCUGCCUGA